AUGCGUGCUACAGGCAGAUUAUUUUUGGUUUUCGUGCUUGUAUUGUUUUGCGUCAUUUGCCAUGGUAAUGAGCUUAUUAGCGAGCAUUCGUUGGAGUUGACCCAGUCCUUGAACUUGGCCCGCCAAGAACUCAUACAGGAGUCUUGCAACCGCUUAAACUUACGAUGGACCUUGGAUAAGUUGACGGAGACGCAGCUCCAACACAUUUUAGUCGAUGAUGAUCACAAACUUCUAUACUGCUACGUGCCUAAGGUGGCUUGUACGAAUUGGAAGAGAAUUUUGAUGAUAUUGACUGGAAAAUGGAAUAAUGUGGAUCCUUUAUCAAUACCAGCCGACCUCUCACAUUCACCAGGCAUGUUCAAGACUUUAGGAAUGGUGCCGAAGGAAGAUAGGGACAUGAUGUUGGAGAAUUAUCACAAGAUGAUCAUUGUGAGAAAUCCAUUCGAAAGAUUGUUAUCAGCGUAUAGAAAUAAAUUGGAAGGGACCUAUCAAAGUGCUAGGUAUUUUCAGGAUAGGAUCGGUAAACGAAUCAUCAAAGCUUUCCGGGACAAUCCAUCAAACGAGUCUCUGGAGUAUGGAAAUGAUGUCACGUUUAAGGAGUUCGUGUUGUUCCUCACGAGCAAAUCCAAGGAACUGGAAGACAUCGUGAACAACGAACACUGGCAGCCCAUGACCAGCCUUUGUCAUCCCUGCCUUAUAAAAUAUACACUAGUUGGUAAAUACGAGACGUUGGUAGAUGAUUCUCUGCUAGCUCUUCACACCAUCAAUGCCUCUCAUAUACAGUUCCCACACCUUACCCACACAUCGGAGACAGCUAACAAGCUGCACAGCUACUUCUCACAGCUCGACCUGCCGCUCAUAAGGAAGCUGUACAAGCUAUACAAGUACGAUUUCAGCAUAUUCAACUAUAAUCUAGAUGAAGUAGUUGGCUUUGACCUCGGUUGA